AUGGCGGAUUCGAGGGCUCCAUUAGCGGAUGCUGACGUGGAUAUGGUAGACAAUGUCCAAGCGGAUCAGCCAAACCUUCAGGGCGACGCGGACGUGGCCCUAUCCAACGGUCACGAUCCCGAGAUUGUGAAAUCCGAGGAGGAUAAGAAGGCGUACCGCAUGGUGACGCUCCCGAAUGGGUUAAUUACCCUGUUAAUUUACGACCCUGAGAUUGCCGCGUCAGGGGAUGACGAUGAGGAUGAUGAUGAGGAGGAGGAUGAGGAGGAUGAGAUAGAGAGUGAGGAGAGCGAUGAGGAGAUGAGUGUUGCUGAGGCUGAGGGAAGCGGAGAUGGGACAAAAAGCAGCGGAAAGGGGAAGGGGGGGAAGGGGGAAAAGGGGGGUAAGGGUGGGAAGUCCAAGGGACGAAAAGGUGCUAGUAAAGGAGGGAAGGGAGGUGACGAUAACGAGGGUGAGGAUAGCGAUUGGGAGACAGCGAGUGAGGAGGAGGAAGGGGAGGCGGAGGACGCAGGAACUGGCGGAACAGAGGAGAAAAAGGCAAAGGUGGUCGGAGGAAAGGGGGAUGGUCAGGGUAAGGAAAGCGAGUCGGGGGCAGCAGGGGGUGAAACGACCGGGGAGGGGAAGGUGGGGGGAAAGCGGAAGAAAGUGGGGGGGAUUAGGCUGGGUGGUGGUGGGUUGGGGCGGAAGGGGAAGGCUGGGGAGAAGAGUGCAGGGAAGGGGGCGGUGGGAAGAGGGGCGGAAGAGGGGGAAGAGGGUAGUGAGGAGGAGAUGGAGAGUGGAGAGGAGGAGGAGGAAUAUGAGGGUGAUGAUGAGGAAGACGAGGAUGAUUCUGAUGGGGAUGAUGAUGAGGAGGAUGAUGACGAUGAUGAUGACGAUCAACCAGGAGCAGCAAAGAAGCUGGCGGCGGCUGCCAUGUGCGUGGGUGUGGGAAGCUUCUUGGAUCCUCCCGAUGCUCUUGGCCUCGCGCAUUUCCUUGAGCACAUGCUCUUCAUGGGCAGCGUCAAGUUCCCUGACGAGAACGAGGCGGCACGGCGGCGGAUUUUGAGGCGCCUCAAAAACGUCUCAAAUCACUUCUUCCCCUCCCCCACCUGCACAUACAUACACGCCCUUCCCUUGCAGUAUGACCCGUUUCUGAGGCGGCAUGGCGGUGGUUCGAAUGCAUUCACAGAGACAGAGUUCACGUGCUACCACUUUGGCGUCUCACACAAGUUGAUAUUUGAGGCGCCUAAAAAACAAGACACGGAGAUGACGUGCUAUCACUUUGGCGUUGCACCCACACCACAUAGAGCAAACCCUUUUCUCCAUUCUCCCUCCCUUUCCCCUCCCCCUCACACACACACCACUCCUUGCUUGCAGUACGACUCGUUUCUGAGGCGGCACGGUGGCGGCUCGAACGCGUUCACAGAAACAGAGUUCACGUGCUACCACUUUGACGUGGCACACAAGUACCUGCACCCUGCUCUCGACAGGUUUGCGCAGUUCUUUGUGGCGCCGCUGGUGAAGGCAGAUGCCAUGGAGAGAGAGGUGCAGGCUGUGGACUCGGAGUUCAACAUAAGUCUGCAGAGCGAUGUGUGUCGGGUGCAGCAGCUGCAGUGCUCCACGUGCGUGCAGCCCGACCACCCCUUCCGCAAGUUCUCCUGGGGCAACCGCAAGAGCCUCAUAGACGACCCCGCCAAGCUUGGAGUGGACAUGAGAGAGAGGCUGCUGCAGCUCUACUCACGGUUUUAUACAGCCGGGGCGAUGAGGCUGGUUGUGGUUGGGGGCGAGCCCUUGGACACACUCGAGUUGUGGGUGAGGCAGCUCUUCUCGCCCAUCCCCCCAGGCGGCAGCGGCAUUCACCCGCUGCUGCACCAGCUGCCCCCGCCUGCCACCUUCUCUCCACCCUCCCAGGACUCGGAGAUGCUGGGUCCUGGUGCUGCUGGGUUGGAGCAGGAGGAGGGGGGGGCAGGGGAAGUGGUGGGAGGUGAUAAUGGUAGCAGUGCUGCUGCUGCUGCUGCUGCUGCUGCUGCUGCUGGUGAUGGUGAUGGUGCUGCUGGUGCUGAUGGUGGUGGUGCUGUGGCUGCUACAGCUAGGACGAAGGGACCGCUGGCGGCGGUGUUGGCAGGGAGCAGAGCAGCAUCUGAGGCUCCUGAAAAGUGCCGUGCCUCCCUUCAUCGUCACCCUCUUCCGUCCCUCCCACAUCGCCCUCUCUUACCCCCCACAGAGAGCAGUGGCAGUCUGCUAUCACUGCUCAAGGCCAAGGGGUGGGCGACGGAGCUGGCAGCGGGGGUGGGGGAGAGCGGGUAUGAGAAGAGCUCCCUCGCUUUUGUCUUCACUGUUACAAUCACACUCUCUGACGAUGGCCUCAAGCACGCGCUAGACGUUGUAGGAACGGUGUUCCAGUACAUCACCAUGCUGCGCCUGGCCCCGCCCCAGCGGUGGGUGUUUGAGGAGCUGCAGGCCAUCGCUGCCAUGGACCUGCGAUUCGCCGAGGAGGAUUCUCCUGAUGAAUACGCCGUCAGGCUCGCGGGCAACAUGUUCUACUACCCCAAGCGGCAUGUGAUAGCAGGGGACUACAUUCAUGACAAGUGGGACCCUGACCGCAUCGCUUACCUGCUCUCGCUGCUCUCGCCACAGUCCGUGCGCCUGGACCUGCUCACUCACUCCUUCGACCACACCAGAGAAGGUAUUCUCAAGGAGCCGUGGUUCGAUGUGCCCUACACCACAACCCUGCUCUCCCCGGCUCUCCUGGCCCAAUGGGCGAGCGACACGUGGCUCAGCCCCGACCUGCGCAUGCCUCCCCCCAACGAGUUUAUCCCCACCGACUUCUCCCUCCGCCCCUCCUCCACUGCUGCCGCCUCUGCUACCACCACCACCACCACCACUGCCACCACCGCCACCGCCAGCACCACCACGGCUGCUGCCACCAACAGCAGUGAUCCCCUCAACGGGACCACUCCCAGUGCUGUCAGUGCGCCUAGUGCACCCAGUGUGCCGCGGGUGGUGAGGGAGGAGGCGGGGCGGUGCAAGGUGUGGUUCAAGCAGGACGACGUGUUCCGCUCGCCGCGCCUCAACGCCCACUUCGCCCUCUCCUCCCCUCACGCCUGCGACUCUCCCCGCUCCGCCGCCCUCACUGAGCUGGCUGUGAAGCUUAUCGAAGACUCUCUAAACGAGACCCUCUACCUGGCGAGUGUGGCCAAGCUAGACACGAACAUGGCCGUGCAGGGCUUUAAGAUCGAGAUCCGCAUCACGGGCUUCAGCCACAAGCUGCCGACGCUCGCCGCCCGCAUCUUCCGCCACAUCAGCAUGUUCCGGGCGGCGGCCGACCGCUUCAGCGCGCUCAAGGAGGAGCGGAGCCGCGCGUACCGCAACGCGCUCUUAAAGCCCCUCAAGCACUCGGCGUAUCUCCGCCUGCUGCUGCUGCGCACCCCCGCCUGGACCAUCCCGGACAAGCUAUCAGCGCUAACUGCGUGCGAGGUGGACGAUCUGAACGCCUUUCUGCAGAAUCUCUUCUCCCGGACAUACAUAGAAAUGCUGAUUCACGGGAAUGCAACAGAGGAGGACGCACUAGCGCUCGCCUCAGCCGUCACAGACACCCUCCCGGUGCCCUCCCCUCCGCUGCUGGACCUCCCUUCAGAGCGCUGCCUGCAGCUGCCACGUGGCAAGUCCCUGUUGGUCGAGAGCCCCGUGGGGAACCCGGCCGAGGAGAAUUCUGCAGUCGAGGUGUACUACCAGGCCUGUCAGGACCAAGGCAGGGCGUCCAUCCGAGACCGAUCACUGGUGGAUCUACUUGAGCAGGUCAUGUCAGAGCCGCUCUUUGACACGCUGCGCACCAAGGAGCAGCUGGGGUACCGCGUGGACUGCGGCACCCGCCUCACACACGGCGUCUUUGGCUUCUGCAUCCGCGUGCAGUCUGCUGAUUACGGCCCCGGAUUUCUGCAGCAGCGAGUUGACUCCUUCCUCAACACCUUCCGCGAUAACCUGAGCGCCCUGCCCGAAGCUGAUUUCAGGGCGCACAGGGCGGCCCUGCAGGUGCUGAAGAUGCGCAAGGACCACACACUGGGGGAUGAAACGCACCGCUACUGGGAGCAAAUCUGGGAGGGCAGUUCGCUCUUCAACUCGCGCCAGCUGGAGGCUGUGGCGCUCUGCAACAUCACGCUUGCCGAGCUGUGUGCAUGGUUCGACCGCCACAUCAGCAUGACAGCUGGCGCCGACAGCGACAGGGGGGACGGCGCUGACAAGGACAGCAUUAUGGGCGAGAACGGAGAGGCCGGUGCAUUGGAGGCAGGUAACGGGGAGGCUUAUAAGGGGGAUGGGAAUGGGGAUGGUGGAGGGAAGGUGCUUGGACGGCGCGUGCUGGUGCACGUGUGGGGAGCAGGCAAGUGGAAGGAGAGGAGUGAGGUGAGCACUGGGGAGACAGGAAAAGAGGCAGCUGGAAAGGCUGGAAAGGCCGUGAAGAAUGGGAAGGGUGGGGGAUGGAGGGAAGGGCAGGUGGUUGUUGAGGUGGGGGAUAUAGAGAAGGAGAAGGCUUCUCUUGAGCUCUUUCCCGUGCUUAAACCUGUGGUGGUGACGGCAUGA